GGUGAUGGUAUCUCUCACUCUAUCAAAACACUAUAGAUUCGACAAACACAAAUUAUUUAGAAUGCUCCCCAAGACUUUGGAUCAGUUACAAUUGCUGAAAAAAAUGUAUACAGAUAUAAAAUACGAUUUUUGGAGUCAUCCGAGCCAAGUUGAUGUAAAUGUCGUAGUUUUAGUGGCGCCAGAAUAUCAAGAAGAUUUUAUGAAGCUUUUAAAUGAACACAGCAUAGACUUCGAAAUUGUUGUCAAUAACAUACAAGAAUUAAUAGAAGAGGAACGAGAAUCCUCAUUGCGAAACAUUGAAUUAGAAUUCAAUUGGGAUAACUACCAGCCACUUGAAAAAAUUUACAAUUGGCUUGAGAACCUACCUCUACAAUAUCCAACAGUUACUCUGAUCGAGGGAGGUAGAAGUUAUGAGGAUAGGAGUAUACUUGGGGUCAAGGUGUCAUUUAAGAAAGAAAACGAAAAAAGAGCCGUUUGGAUUGACUCCUUAAUUCAUGCUAGAGAAUGGAUUACCGGGGCCACAAGUACUUUCAUUUUAAAUGAAAUAUUGACUAGCACAAAUCCAGCUGUUAGGAAGACUGUAGAAAAUUUUGAUUGGUAUAUAUUGCCUGUUCUUAAUCCUGAUGGAUACGUAUUCACUCAGAAAACGCAUCGACUGUGGCGUAAGAAUAGAAGACCUCAUAGCGAAUACACAGACGAACGCUGUAUUGGAGUGGACCUAAAUCGCAACUGGGGUUACAUGUGGAAUAAUCAAACAAAAGAAGCAUGUAGAUCUGAAUUUCCAGGAAAGGAGGAGUUUUCCGAAAUCGAAACAAGCUCAUUGGCGCAAUAUUUAAGAGGACUAGAGGACAAUAUAAAAAUCGCCAUUAGCUUACACUCAUUCAGUCAGUUCAUUUUGUUCCCUUAUGCAUAUACCACUGAGCACAUAGAUAACUAUGAAGAAACGAGAGAAAUUGCUGAGGCUGCUGCAAAAACUAUCUACGAGCAGCCAGAUCAUUCUGUAUAUAUAGCUGGAGCUGUGUCUGAAUCAGACAUUGGUUUAAUAAGAGGCACUAGCAGUGACUGGUUCAAAGCUGUUCUUGGUGUUCCUAUAGUAUUUGCAUUCGAAUUACGUCCAUCAGAAAAUAGUAAAACGGGGUUUUUAUUGCCAGCAGAAGAGAUUAAACCGACUGCGAAAGAAUUCAUGGCAUCUCUAAUUACUAUUUUAGAGAAAUAUAAUAACAUUACUACUAACUAUUAA